AUGUUAUCUCAAAAAUACUCUCAAAAAGGUCAAAAAGUUGAAGAAGGGAUUUUUAAUACUAGUUCAAAGGAGAUAAAACGUAGACAAAAUUUUGAGGAACUAAUACCUAGAAAGAAAAGUACAUCAACAAGUAUCGCUUCAAUAAAUUUAAGUAAUAAGGAUUCAACAGAUCCUUUUUCGAUAAAAGAAGUUCAAAUUAAUAAAACACAAUCAAGAAAACAUUCUUUUAUCAAAAGUGAUAUUUUCAAUGACUAUAUUAAUUAUAUUUCAAAAGUCGAUUUAAAUACACACUUUAAUAUUUCAACAACUAGUGUUUGUAAAAAAAUCCCAAAAUAUUGUUUUCAAGUAGAAUAUCGUUUGCUUUGUGAAGUUUUUACUGAUUCAAUACUUAGAAAUUCUAAUGUUGUUUUGUUAAAAGGAUAUCCAAGUAUAGUUUCACAUAAAAUAUUUGAAAUGUAUUGUCUGAAGUCAAAUAUGCUUGAAUUAUUAAGAAUUAUAAAAGACCCUCAACAAAUUUCCCAAACUAGAGUAAUUAUUGGCAUGUUUAAUAAAUGCGUUUUAGCUCUAGAAGAAAUAAGAAAAUCAAGAGGAUUAUGUCAAAAUUACAGUAUCAUAAAAGAUAGAUACCCACACGUUCAAUUUAUUGCCCUUGGUCGUUACCAAUAA